AUGGCGACGGCCCCGCUGUACUGCGUCUGUCGGCAGCCCUAUGAUGUGAGCCGGUUUAUGAUUGAAUGCGACAUUUGUAAGGAUUGGUUUCAUGGCAGCUGUGUCCAAGUAGAGGAGCACCAUGCAGCGGACAUUGACGUGUACCACUGUCCCAACUGUGAUGUCCUACACGGACCCUCCUUAAUGAAAAAGAGAAACAACUGGCACAGACAUGAUUAUACGGAGCCAGAUGAUGGCACCAGGCCAGUGCAGGCUGGGACUUCAGUAUUUGUCCGCCAGCUGCAAGACCGCAGCUUUGCCAGUGCGGAUGAGAUUCUGGUGAGGAUGCAGGGCAGUCAAGUCACACAGAGAUAUCUGGAGCGCCAUGGUUUCCGCUACCCCAUCGCUGUAUCCAAAAUGGACGGCCUGGGACUACGACUGCCUCCUCCAGACUUCUCCGUCAAGGACGUGGAACGUUAUGUCGGUGGCGACAAAGUUAUUGACGUAAUUGAUGUAGCCAGGCAAGCGGACAGCAAGAUGAAACUCAGCGCGUUUGUGAAGUAUUACUACAGUCCUCAGAAGCCCAAAGUCCUCAACGUCAUCAGCCUAGAGUUCUCUGACACCAAGAUGGCGAAACUGGUGGAGGUGCCUGACAUAGCUCAGAAGAUGUCAUGGGUGGAGAACUACUGGCCUGAUGACUCUUACUUCCCUAAGCCCUUUGUGCAGAAGUACUGUCUGAUGGGUGUCAGGGAGAGCUACACUGACUUCCACAUCGACUUUGGAGGAACCUCAGUGUGGUACCAUGUGCUCUGGGGGGAGAAGAUUUUUUACUUGAUAAAGCCGACCCAGGCAAACCUUGCACUAUAUGAGGAGUGGAGCUCAUCCCCAAACCAGAGCGAGGUGUUUUUUGGGGAGAGGGUGGACAAGUGUUACAAGUGUGUUGUGCGGCAGGGAACGACUCUUUUCAUCCCCACAGGAUGGAUUCAUGCUGUUCUCACAUCUCAGGAUUGCAUGGCAUUUGGAGGAAACUUCCUUCAUAACCUCAACAUUAGUAUGCAGCUCAGGUGCUACGAGAUGGAAAGACGGCUUAAGACUCCGGACCUCUUUAAAUUUCCUUACUUUGAGGCCAUCUGCUGGUAUGUGGCCAAGAACCUACUGGAGACCCUGAAAGAAUUCCGAGAGGAUAAUUGCCUUCCUCCAGACUACCUGAUCAAGGGAGUGAAAGCUUUAAUCACUGCACUGAAAAACUGGCUAAGGAGGGAGGUCACAGAGCCGGCCAGUGAGGUCCCAGAUCAUAUCAGACCCAAUCAUCUCAUUAAAGAGCUGAGCAAGGAGGUCCGCUACCUGGAGGAGGAGCAGAGCGGCGGCAGCGGAAGCAAGCCGGUUAAAUCUCAGGGAAGCGGAAUGUGUCCAUUAACGAGGUCAUCGCAAGACAGAGGGUCCCACGCUCGGAAGACGGCCAGACGACUCAGAGAACAUCAUCAUCAUCAUCAUCAUCACCACCACCACCACCACCACUCACACACGCCCAAAAUCCCUUCCAACCUGGACAUCCUGGAGUUACACACUCGAGAGGUGCUGAAGAGGCUGGAGGUGGGCCCUCUGGAUGAGGAUGCUACCUUCACCUGCAAAGUAAACGGCAAGUUCAACAAAGUGUCCACUGCUUCAGCAGCCGCCGCGGAGAAGAGCCUAGACAACAACCUCCGUCUGGUUCUGUGCAACGGCCGCAUCAUCAGAGAUGAAAGAAAACACAGUGGACGGAAGGGUGUGAAGACGAGGGAGGGAGAGAAUGUGGAGGACCAAGCGAAAAUGGACACAGUCAAGAUCAAGACAGAGGUCAAACACGAGGGAGACAAGUCGCACAUUGGUGAGGAAGACGACGUGAAAGCCACACCCUUCGGAGAGCUCAUGAAAAACGAGAAAUCCCAUCUCAGGAGCAGAGAUUCAGGACACUCAGAUGUCUCGUCAGACUCGGAGUCAGAGAAGAAGCAGUCAUCAGGGGAGGACUCUGAGAGCUCUGAGGAGGAGGAGGAAGAGGAGGAAGAGAAGAUAAAGAGGAAGAGUUCCUCUCAGAGUGAGAGCAAGAGAAACAGCGUGACAGAUUUGUGCACUGUCAGCCAAAGAUUCGGCCAUAUUGACAAACCCCCCAAGAGAGAACAUCCUACCUCCCCAAGUAUGGAAGAAGAAGCUAUUCAAGGCAUGCUGUCUAUGGCAGGGUUGCUGUGCCCCCAACAGCCAGAAGAGGGCACUACCUCUCAGGAGCCCUGGUGGUCCAGCUCAUUGCAUCCCUCUCCUGACUACAGUGGAAAGGAACCUGCCUCCUGGGAGGAGAGCCAAGAUUCAGACUGCAACUCAAUCAUGAGUAAUCAGGAGGAGCGGUGUGUACAGAAGCACCAGCGGACAGAGUGUCUUGCUGAGCUCAGUCAGAGGAUCCAGGAGAAUACAAACUUCAUGGACAGCCAGAGCAGCAGCAGCAACAGCAGCGACGCCUGGCCUGAUCACGCGCUUUCCAUCGGCGAUGUUCACAGCUCCCCAACGGCCUAUCAGUACUGUGAGACCUCACUGUCCCCUCCCCUGCACCCAUCCAAGAGGCCAGCUUCCAACCCACCACCAAUCAGCAAUCAGGCUACCAAAGGCAAACGUCCUAAAAAAGGCAUGGCCACGGCUAAGCAGAGACUCGGAAAAAUUCUCAAGCUAAACAGACACAGUCGCUUCUUUGUGUAGAGCUAAAGAUGGCAGCUUCUCCAAUCAGAACUGGUUAGAUGGUCAGAUGGAUAGAUGACAGGGUAUUUGAAGUGCAUGCAGUUCUACACAAUGAAGUGGUCAAAUGGCUGGCAUCACAUGGCAUCACACCAUCUUCAAACCAUGCGGCACAACACUUGAAAUCAUCUCACCGAUUCGUUCGAAAACAAAAACGGCUGUAGCAUUUUACAGAAAUAUCCAGAAAGCAUGACCACCACAGACACCAUUGUUUAUGUUCAGACGUGUUCAAAGACAGUGGGCUUAAAAAAAAAAAAGAAAUGAAAUAAGAAAACCAACACGUCAUAUUUUGGAUGUAAAACUGGCUCUUAGACCAGGCUGUUCAAAAGCAA